CAAAAAUAUAUUCAGCUUAUUCUUCUACAUGGAGCAUUUGUUUCAGGCGGAUAUCAAUGGUGCUUUAGAAAGGAUAACAAAUAGUCUUGAAAACUUGAAUCAAAGAUCCACCACCGAGAUCAUUCUUCAAUCCUUAGAAUCAACUCUUACUUACGAUCAUGACAUGACUCGACUGUCUUUUCCAGAAGUUUUGAACGCUUGUCAUUCUGUAUUAUUUCAUGCUUGGAAUAGACGAUCAGAGGCAAUGACUUGUUUUUCAGUUUCUAGAUAUUCCCGUGGCAUCCUACCAUGCGAAUAUUAUCAACUAAUUGAACGGCUAAACCUCUCAGAUAAUUUCAAGUCCUUUAUGUACAAACUAGAUUCCCAAACUGCCAUAUUGUCCUUUCAAGAACUACUACCCCAUAUAGAAAUCUCAAGACGGUACUACUACUUGCCUACUUACCUCCGGUUAUGUCGAACCAUAAAGUCUGAAGAAACUUUUGUUGAUGCUAUGAACCCUUUGUUUACUUGUAUCAGACAACAUGAACCAGAUAUCACUUUGAUCCAGCAACUGUUUUCCAUCAUUUAUCUUACUUUCAAGUCAGAUGAUCAACUAGAAACCUAUCAAUGCAUCUGGUAUUGCCGUCUGCUUGAUCUUCUUUACUCUCUUGCACCACAUACUAUCGACAAACACCUGCGACUUACCUGGAGCAACUUGAUGGAUAUUAUUGAUAAAAAAUACAAUUCUAUGCUCUCCAACGCAAACUUGGACGAUCUUACUACAAUGACAGCAACAAAAGUUACUUCACCAACUGACAAAAUAAUUACUAUCAACGUUACUUCAAACAUGUUUCGUGACAACGACCUUGAGGAAAACAUGAUGGAAUUAUGGAACAAAACAUCCUUUCAAAAUGAGACAAUUCGACGACGACAUGAAAUUGCUUUUGAAUUAAUUUGUAAAGAAAUUUGGAAGAACUCUGUAGCAAGUCGACCUGUGGAUAAUAUGGAUUUCUAUUUAAUACGAUACAAUGGAACCAUCAUUUCUAGACAAGAACAAGUUGAAAAGUGGAUCAGUACAAACAACCUGCUUUUAUCUCAUUUGAACUCGUCAACCAAUGCCAACAAUAAGACUGAUAUAUCGUCAUCGCUCAUUGCUUGUAUGGAAUCUUGUUUAAUAUCAUUACGUGACUUGCAUGGAUCGUGGAAAUCAAUUAUUAAGGCGAUGACUCAGUUUGCUGAUCUAUGGGUUAGGGUGUUGGAAGAUCAAGAAUGUCAGAAACUUUUUGCAGAUCUUAUUGUAAUGGCUGGAUUUUGGACUGAAAUAUAUCGCCUUCUCAACCGUGUUAUUCAAUUUCGAUAUGAUGAUUUUGAUGAAACUCCUAUUACAGAACGACAAUUGAACGACCUUAGCAGCGUGGUACAGAUGGUUAUUCAACAAAUGCAUGUCAAUGAAUUACUGGAACUCAUAUAUGACACUUACAGUGAAAGGAUACUUCCGUCGGAUCCACCUGAAUUGAAGGCUCAGACAAAGGAAUUAUUUACUGAUUUUCAACUAUUACAGAAAUGUUGCAACCAACUCGUACACAAUCAACCAGACGGCAAUAACUCAUAUCCUGUGGAAAUAGAUAUUCUUGAACAGCUGACCAAGAUUGCCGCGUUUUCUCCCUACUUGGUUGUACAAACAUUAGUGUCUCAAUGUGCUGAAAAGAAAGGUCAACAUGAAUUGGUAGUGCCAAUCCUUGAACAGAUGGGAGACCUCUGUAUGCUUCGACGAUUUCCUGAGGACCGAACAUUAUUGGGGCAUGUCUUGCAGGCAUUGGUAAAUAACAGAUCUCAAUGUGCUGAACUGGAUUCAUUGGCGCCUUUCCUACUUUCUUGUUGGAAAAGGGUACGUGACACCAAUAUCCCCAUUCUUCUCGAAUCGUAUGAUACCAUGAUAUGCAACUUCAACGGCGAUAAAUUAUUACUCCAACCUAAGGAAUUCUUUGAGUAUGUGCUACUACCAACACUACAAAGAAAAUCGAUUGAUCGAACCUCUAUUAAGGGUAUUCUGACACUCUUAUCUUUGCUUACUGAAGAUAAAACUAUGAUGGCGGAUCUGUGGCUCAAACAACUAGACAAACCUAUCAAACAUCUCCCUAUUAUAUUGGACAUGGAUUUCGAUAUUUUAAUGAUUUUAUUGGCAAAUUUGAUGAAUGAACGAUAUACGACAAAAGAUGCUGAUCAUUCAAUUUCUGAUACGCUUGAUAGCGGUGGAAAAGCUGCGACUACUACUACUGAUACUGGCGAUUAUUUAUCGCUUGCGCUCGAUCUUGGACGGAAAUUGAUAUUGGCACUACAACAUACUUUGUGUCUCUUUGAUGGCAUGCUUGAAAUUACCAAUGAUAUGAACAAAAGGUUACAGCGCUUUUUUGAAGCAAUGGACGGAUUAGAUUGGCGAACUCGACUUUUCUGGAAGAACUGUAACAAACUUGACAAUUAUAACUAUGAACUCGAUCCUAUUAUUGUACAUCCGGUUGUCAUUCCUCUGAUACUAUCCAUUACUUGUUCGAACAGUCAUUCUUUAUGGUGCAGUGACCGCAGACAUAUCUAUGAAGAACUGGAUGUUACUCAACAAUGGACAUUAUUCUUGAAUGGAUGCCGAUCCAAUGCAUUAUUCACGUAUCAAGUGUUCAAGAACGUGGAUAAAGAGAAGCUUCAAUUAUCACCACUUUGGAAACAUCCUUAUGAAGCGACCUUAUUACAGGAAUGUCUUGUACGAAAUCUACAUCCUACCUUCUCGAUUACAGCACACUAUGAAUACAGGCUCUUAUUGGUAUAUUUUAUGGAACAGCUCUAUGGCAAUCAUUCUGGAGGUAUAAUACGAUUAUAUUCAGCCUAUGAAGACAAUAUGGUUCCUCUUGUGAAGUUAUUGAUAGAUCAACAUUGCCGACUCUUUUUUAUGGUACUACAUUCCAUCAGGCUCAUUCAAAAAAUCACAUCCAUCAGUCAAGAUACUUGCUCAGAUGAUGAACAAGUCUUCUUCGUCUCAGGUACUGUUCAGGCUAUUCAGUCUAUGACGAACUGGCAACAACUAGGAAAAGAAAUAGAUACAUAUCCAACACAAAUGCUGACAGUGCAACAUAUCAAGACAAUGACAAGUCAACAAGAUCUGUCAAGUAUCAAUGUUUCACAUGAUUCUCAGGAUGGCAUCAAGAAAGCUUAUUACCCAUGGCUGGAAACCAAUCGCAUCUCAGCUCGAGCUCUCUGUGUACUAGUGAUCCACGCCAUCUGUCAAGCUGCCAAAUCGAUAAAGUGCUCAAGGUCAUAUGAUGUGCUACGUGUUCUUCUAUUACAAAUGGUAGAAGCUUUAGAAGAUCGACCGGAACGAAAUGCAUUUAUGGAUCUGUACCACAACAAGCAAUCCAAUACAAUCAUCAAGAAAUGGAAGCGUGACAAGAAAGGACGGCGAAUCCAAAUUCAUCUACGGACAGUUUUGGCAACACAUGAAAUGGAAUUAAUACAAACUUGUUAUCAAGAUUUACCAUCGCUACAAGACCAAAUCGUUUUACAACAACAAUUACUCACUCCAUCAACUGAUAUGAUCCUAUACACGUAUUAUUAAUAUUAGAUAUUUCUAUUCUUCCUUUUUUUUUUUUAGAUAUAUGUUGUUAGAACUAUACCCCCUCUCUUGAUAACUUUAAUGAAAAUAAAAUUGGUUUAUUGAAACAGCAAGAUGACGAUGAUCGAUUUAUGACUGAUAGAAUUUGAACAAGGAAGAGUUUUCUUUUUUUUUUUU